AACAUCAACCACUUUGAUCUAUUCGGAGACAUGUCGACGCCUCCCUCGAUGCCUCCAUCCCCCGCCAACACACUGGACCCCAGCAGGAGCAGCAGGCACCACUCCUCCCAGCAGCUCCCCGCCCCAGAGCUGUACGCCCCCUUCAGCCCCACCUCCAUGCCCUCAGGCUACAUGACGAUGGGCGCAGUGCAGGCGGCACAGUGGGCCCAGCAGCCAUACGGGGGCCAGGCCCAGACGCUGGCCUUCCCCAUGCAGGGGCCCCUGCAGAUGGCCCAGGUGCUCCCGGGGGGCCAGCCGCUCAUCUGGAGCCAGGCCAACAUCUUCCCUGCCACCCAGCAGCAGUGGGCGGCCAUGGCGGCCUACAUGCCCGCCCAGGCCGUGGGCGUCGGGGGGCACCCCAUUCCGGCCGCCGUGCUCCAGGGCCUGGUGCCCAUCUCCGCCGUCUGCCCCCAGGCCUGCGACCUCUCCUCCGCCCCGUCCUCCGCCAUCGGCAGCCCCCAGCACGUGGCGGCCAGCUUGGAGGGGGAUCCCCCGGCCCUACUCCUGAGGCGUCUGGUGGGCCUGGGGAGGGAGGGCCUCUGCAUGGAGCAGGACGCCGGCGAGGGUCCGUCCUCUUCGUCCUGCGCUCCCGCGGGGGGCGGGGUCGACCUCGGGGCGGCGUCGGCAGCGGGGAGCCGGUGCGGGACCCCGGGCCCCGUAUGCUUACAGGACACGGUCAGCGGGCAGCUGCUGCCGUCGCCCGACUCUGUGGUGAGCCAGGAGGAAGAGGGGAGCUGCAGUGACCUUGACCUCUCCCGAAUGACCUUGAGCCCGGGCACAUCCUCCUCUCCGUCCUACAACUCUCCAUCAACCCCGGCCCCCCCGCUCCAGGGCUCCUCCCCUGACGGCCCCCCGUCCUCCCAGUCCGCUGACCCCCCAGCCAGCUACAGCCUCCCGGAGCCAGAGGCAGCCCCAAGCCCCCACGCAGACCAGCAGUCGGGUGGUAGUGAUGCAAGGACUCUGUCUCUAGAGGCCAGUGAAGCUGAGCUGGUGUCUCCCAAGGACCUCCACUGUCUACAAGAGGACAGCUAGAGUACAGGGGGCCACCAGGGGGCGGAAAACCUCCUGAGGGCACAACAAGACCUGGAAGAGAAGAAGUCUGCUUUCUGUUGAAGUAAUAAUAGACAACCCAUCUCUUCCAGCUGGAUAACACAGAAACAAGUUCCUUUUUAAUCUUUACCGUUCAAAACCUGGAUAUAAUUCUACAAGGUCUGCUUUCCAACGGAGAGCAUCGACUUCAAGGGAAAACACAAAACAAAACUCUGAAGGCUGUGCUCUGCAAUCACAUAGCCUCUCAACCAGUAAGUGACCUUUCACCUUUUAACUCAGACAGGAAAGCGCUUGAGGUUGGUAUAUAUACGUACAUACCUCGAGGUUAAUAUAUCGGCCCAUAUACCGUCAAGAAAUAACUAUAUGCCACACGGAUGUGGAUGAUGAUAUACAAAUUAUUUUUGGAAGAAAAAAAAAGAUGAACAGUGUAAAAGGGGGAGGAGCUUUGUGUGCGUUGACCUUCACCGCGUCAGGGGCCAGCAGCGAGGACUGAGCCAGACGGACGUAGCCUACCAAAUGAUCUGUGGAGAGCCAAGCAUGAGGGGAGACUGGACUUCAGCGGACUCCACUGUGAGCUGUUUCCUGCAGCUUUCUUUAAUGUUUAAACAACCAAA